UUCCAGUGCUGCCAGCUGUGAUCUUCACCUGUGCUUUACUACACCCACCUUAAAUCAUCUACACUACUGUUACAUCUCAAUCAGAAAACAACACACUGACUAGAUAAACAUAUUCAGACACACAAGACAUUUAUUUUCAAAGCUACACAUAAUAUUCACUAACACACACACUUUCACACACACACAUUCACUCACAUACUAUCUUCCCACAAACACUGUUUAAUUAAUUUGAAACAUAUUUAAAUACAUUUCACAGUUUGUAUUUUCUCUGUUGCUUUGGUCUAGAUAACCUGUUUUUCCUCCCCCAGUUUUCUUCUGUUCUCAUUGUCUUAACAGGAUGCCACGCAAGGGACGACGCUCCGAGGCCGCCAAGAAGAGAUGGAGGACCCUGGACCUGGAGGACCUGCAGGGCAGCCAGCCGGACGUCGCCAAGCCCAGGACAUCCCCACCCACCGCGCAGGCUUGGAUCCCCACCCAGUCUCCGGAGAAGAAGGUGGAGGGAACUCCGACUGAGAGGACCGGGCCGGCCCGUCGCCAGCCCAGGAGAGCCGCCCCCACGUUGGAGGUUGACGCCCCCGCCGAGUCCUCUCCCGUGCCUCUCGAGGACCAUGUCAGGGAUGACAGCUGCCAGGCUUCUUCGUUGGAACCCUGCGCCAGCGGUCCGCCUGUCCAGACUGUGAGGGCCACACAUUGCCAGGCUGACUACAGAUACGAGUGCAUUGCAGUUUUCCGGGACAGAGACGGUAGGUUUGGAGUUUUUGAUUCUCACUCCAGAAACUCAGCAGGCCUGCCCUAUCCUAACGGAACUGCAGUAGUCAUGACUUUUAGCAACCUAACGCUCAUGGUUGAAAAUCUGUACAAACUCUUUGAGAACCGUGGCCCCUAUGCCACGUAUGAGUUUGUACCAGUAUCGUUUGUCAGCGACGACAUUGGCGAUGCCCCUCCUCCGGCCUUGAGCAAUCUGAAUAUUUCACCUGGAUCCACACAAGCAAGCCCAGGUGUUGAGAAACCAGAGAGCACUUCUGAUGAAGAGGAAAUGCCAGCUUGGCUUGCUGAAGUUGGUACUGAUGAAGACUGUGUGAAAAUGAGCCUUCCCAUGAGCAAACUGAUGAACAUGGCCCCAGAUGAAGAGAAUGUUUGGAUGACAGGAUUGCCUGAAAAAUAUCUCGUUUGGAAUGCGUAGCGGAGCGACCCUCAAUCGAUGAAAAUGAAGAACAAGACCCUGUCCCAGAAUACCAAGUUGAUGUCAACAGUGGAGCCAUGCCAGCAAUCGAAAUACCCAAAUUGAGCCCUGAUUUUAUUAGA